GUAAACCUUAUCGGUAGGUCCACCGUCCCCAGUGCUGGCCGCUUAUCGAAAAAUUCCAUCCCAACCGCCAAAGGGCAAGUCCCGUCCGUAGUGCAAUUCACCUGUUGAUAUACGUACCUUGUUCACCACGGCAAUAACCAUCAUCAUCUUCCAACAAUCAUCGACCUUUAUUCUUCACCAUGCCCAAGACUCUCGAAAAGGCACGCAAGGCCAUUGCAAAGAAGAGGGGCGGUGCCAUUGAAGCCCUCCACGCCAAGAGUCGCGAUUCCCGCCGUCUUCACAAGGCCCAGGUCCGCGAUGAUCGUCUCGUGAAGAUGUCUGAGGCCAGGCGCAAGAGGGACCAGCCUUUGAUCACCCGUAUCGCCUUCUUCCAAGGGGCUACUCGUGAAAAUGAGAACAAGCCGCUUGAGCUCCCUGCCAUCCAGAAGAAGAUUGCCGAAUUCUGCCAUCAACAUGAUGAGGAGUAUGACGAAAUGAAGAAGGCUCGUCGUCAGGGCAGGCCGCCUAGCGCCAAGGAGGAUCUUUUGAGGAUGAAGAUGGAGGCGCUUCACAAGGAGGAGCGUGAUGGUUUCUACUUGCCCGAUCUUACCAAUGAAAAGACCACUGAGAUGUUGGAUCGAUGGGAUGGCAACUGGGCCUUCCUCACCAACCUCACAUGGGUCAAGAUCCAGGCCUCAGGAAGAUCCGCGCCUGCCAGCUUCCCUCCUCAGACCAACUGAGAGCACAUCGCCCCUUCUUUUUCCCAUCUAACCAAGGAGAUACCCAGAAUGAGCGAGGCAGCUGGACCUCAACAAACAUUAAUGAUACCCUUUCCAGCCCUUCAGUU